AUGCUUUUUUUCUUUCUUUUUUAUUGCUUCUUUCAUUCCUUUUAUUCCUUUCCUUAUUUUCUUUUUUCUCUCCUUCCUUUUAAUCCUUCGCUUCUUCUUCUCUUUAUCCCUUCUCUUUUUUAUUCUUUCACACCUUACUUUAUUAAAGCCUUCCUUACACUUUUUUAUUUUCCCUCCUUUUACUGUUUCUCUCUCUCUCUCUCUCUCUCUCUUUAUUUUAUUCUUUAUUUCUUUCCUUCCUUUUUAUUUUCAUUUAUUCAUUCCGUUCUUGUUCCUUCCCUUACUCACUUUUUUUAUUCUCUCCAAAUUUCUUUUAUUGCAUCCUUAUUUCGUUCUGUCAUUUUCCACCUUUCCUUUUCUGUUUUUCUUUCUUUUCUGUUUAAUAUCUUUUCUUUUUAUUUAUCUGUUUAUUUCUCUUUUUCUUUUACUGUGCAUUACCUGUCUUUAUUAAUCCUUUCUUUCUUUUUUUUUAUUAUUACUGUCCAUCAUUUCCUUUUUCUUCUUCCUUCUUUUAGCCUCUCCCUCCUUCCUUUAUACUUGCUUUCUUUUAUUUUCUACUCCUUCUUUGUUUAUGCAUUCCUUACUUCAUUCCGUCAUUCGUUUGUUCUUCCCUUUCUCUUUCUCUCCUUCUUUUAUUCUGUCUAUAUUUCUUUCUUUAUUCUUUAUAUUUUUUCCUUCAUUUAUCCAUCCCAUUCUUCUUCCGUUAAUCUUCCCCAUAAUUAUUUUCUUCGUUAUAUCCUUGCAUUUUUAUUCAUUCUUGGCUUUAUUCUUCCCAUCGUCUCUUCCAUUAAUUUAUCUUUAUUUCUUUCUUUAUUUCCAUGUACUUUUUCUAUAAUUCGCUCCCGUAUGAUUUUUAUUCCCUACCUUUUUAAUUUUUUCUUCCUUUUCUUCUUUUUUCCUUCUUUCUUUUAUUCCUCCCUGGGUUCUUUCAUGCCUCAUUAUUCUUUUUUUAUUUUCUUUAAUUCUUAUUUCCUUCCUUCAUUAUUUUAUACCAGACAUUUUUCGUACCACUUUUUAUUUUUACUCAUUUCUACCUUCCUUUUUUUUCCAUUUUCUUCAUUUUCUUGUGUUCUUUCUUCCCUUCCUUCUUUUAUUUUUUCCCUCUUUGUUUAUUCUUUAAUUCGUUCCUUCUUUUUUUUUCACUUUUUUUCCUUCUUUUCUUCUGUCCUUCCUUUCGUUUUUCAUCUUCUCAUCAUUCCUCCUUUUCUUUAUUCACUCCAUCUAUUGGUCUGUUCAUAUCUAUCAACCUCUGUUCAUAUCUAUCUAUCUAUCUAUCUAUCUAUCUAUCUAUCUAUCUAUCUAUCUAUCUAUUUCAGGCUAUUCGUAUCUAUCUAUCUAUCUAUUUGCCUAACCUUUAUUUUUAUCUAUCUAUCUAUCUAUCUAUCUAUCUAUCUAUCUAUCUAUCUAUCUAUCUAUCUAUCUAUCUGUGUCUGUCAAGCCUUUAUUUCUAUCUAUCUAUCUAUCUAUCUAUCUAUCUAUCUAUCUAUCUAUCUCAGGCUAUUCGUAUCUCUCUCUCUCUCUCUCUCUAUCUAUCUAUCUAUCUAUCUCAUCUCAUACUUCAUGUUGAACGUAUCUAUCUAUCUAUCUAUCUAUCUAUCUAUCUAUCUAUCUUUCUAUCUAUCUAUCUAUCUAUCUAUCUAUCUAUCUAUCUAUCUCAUUAUGUUCAUACCUAUCGCAUUCUUUUCUUUAUUUCUCUACUUGGGUGCUUGCGUGUGUGGGUGUAUAAGAAAAAGUGAUUUUUCAAUUUUGCGAUCCUCCUCCUAUUUUUUGUUUGAUUUUUCUUUCUUUCUUUCUUUCUUUCUUUCUUUCUUUCUUUAA